AUGGCAUUGAUUGAGGUUAUCGCCAACGAUCGUCUUGGACGCAAAGUUCGCGUCAAGUGUAGCCCCGAUGACACCGUUGGGGACCUCAAAAAACUAAUUGCUGCUCAAACCGGAACUGAUCACACCAAGAUCCAGCUGAAGAAAUGGUACACCAUCUACAAGGACCACAUUACCCUCUCUGACUACGAAAUUCACGACGGAAUGAGCUUGGAGAUGUACUGA